CACACACACACACACAUACACCAGCAAGCCUUAUGGUCGAAACUUGGUCGAUGGAGAGAUCUGCAGCGACACCGUAGCGACGCAGGCCGACAUGGAGGAGUAUUUGCGGAAGGUCCAGAGCGGACUCGGGGAAGAUGUAUUACAAGGCCCCAUCCAUGCUGUCUUAGGUGGACCAGAGCCAGAUGUUGACACUGUGGCCGCAACACUGUGCUUAGCACUGCACCUUAGCCAGGAACCGUCAGUUGGAGUGUGUGUGCCGGUGCUGUGCGGUCGGCGACGUGACAUUGUGUUGCCCGGCGAGACGGUGACGUAUCUGCGGCGGGUGAAAAUUUGUGAGAGUUUACUGCUGUGGAGGGAUGACGUAGACCUUAUGAAGCUUCAUCACACUGGAAAACUCUCACUCACACUGCUGAGACAUGGACUGGUUGAUAGCUCUGAGUACCACACUCUGGAGUCCAGCAUCCUGCGAGUGGUCCAUCACGACGGGCAGCGGGACGCAGGGGAUGAUGGGCCAUCGUCCGCGGUGACAACAAUCACCAGGGAGAUUCUUCAAGAGGCAGCGGAGCACAUCAGAGCAACACUGGGGGAGGCUCUCGGAGAAGCUUUGCGGCUGCAAAAUGAGGUCUUCUGGAGCAAACAUGGCCGCCGGUCAGCACAACUGGAGGAGCUCAUGAAAUCCUUGGAGCAAUGGAUUGAUGUCACUGCAGGUCAACAAGAUGAGGCAAAACUACAAGGUGCAUAUCUGACCAUGUAG